AAAAAAAAAGUAAUACGCCCCUAAUAAAUGUGUAAAUAUUAUAUAUGUACAUUUUUGACGACCUGUCUGGCCUAGUGGGUAGUGACCCUGCCUAUGAAGUCCAUAGUCCCGGGUUCAAAUCCUGGUAAGGGCAUUUAUUCGUGUGUUGAGCAUGGAUAUUUGUUCCUAAAUCAUGGGUUUUUUCUAUGAAUUUAAAUAUUUAUAUAUUAUAUAUAUCGUUAAGUACCCUCAACACAAGCGUUAUUGAGCUUACUGUGGGAAUUAGUCAAUUUGUGUAAUAAUAUCCUAUAAUAUUUAUUAUAAUAUUUAAAUUAGUUUGUUUAUCGCUAUAUUUUUCCGUUCGUCCACCAAGUCCAAUUUGCCUCAAAAAGUUCUACGUCCUAGCUCCGCCCAUCGGUCCCGCCCCUUGCGCGCGCGCAACCGUGUAGCAUUCAGUCGCUUAAGCCCGAGCGCGCUUUCAGGACCUGAACUUUUAAACUCGUUGAACGGAAAAGAGACAUUUAACAAUGUAGGAAAAGUCUUAAUCCGUUGUUGGUGAUCAAUAAGAACUGAACAAGUUUUUGCAACAUAGAAAAUUUAUUAGGGAAUUACUUUAUGAUCUUAGUUUGAAUUCUGUGUUAACUUCGCGUUUACUACAAAGACAUUUUAAUACAAAAUAUAUAAGAGAAUUAUAAGAUUCAUGCAGAAAUUGUAACUAAUUUUAACAGAAUAAUUAGAACAAACCAUUUCGAUGCGACACAAAAAAGUUGAGCAUCUAAGUAUAUAAUAGUUCUUAUCAUCAUGGAGUACAUUCGAUCGAACUUCCUACUAGAAGAAGAGGAAAAAUACCAGCAGAGCUACGAGCAGUCACACUUUGAUGCAAUAUAUCAGGAGACCUGGAACCAACAGGUAAGAUCAAUUGAGUAUCCCUACGCGCCGGUAGCUUGCGAUAGGGAGCAAUUGGAAUGGGGAGAGUGGGGCCAGUGGGGGCAGCAGGUGACCGUCAAAGAGGAAGCUGAGGAGCAUGUCGGAUUGAACGCGGAACUUCAAUCCCCGAGUCGCAAGGAGCGCACGGCGUUCACGAAAGCACAAGUGAAAAGUCUUGAGGCGGAGUUCGCGCGCGCGAACUAUCUCACCCGGCUGAGGCGGUAUGAGAUCGCCGUGGCGUUACACCUCACCGAGAGACAGGUGAAAGUGUGGUUCCAGAAUCGAAGAAUGAAGUGGAAACGUACGAAGGGCGCUGCGAAGUAUACAAAGAAGAAAGACUAAGGAUUUUACAUUUUGAGAGCCACAUAGUUUAAUAGUGACCGAUAGCUAUUGUUACGAUGUAUUUAGUGAUUUUCAUAUUUUUAGAACAUGAUAUUAAUUUCAUCAUCUCUAUUUAAGCAAAGUAAUGCAAAGCAAAGAUAAGCAUUGAAAUUAUCAAGAUGAUAUAAUAUUUUUUAUUUUAAGGGUGGUAUUCCACCUGUCCAAUUUCUUGGUCCAAUGUCAGUGUGUCUCACUCUCUCAUUAAUCAAAAUGUGAGACGCAAAUACACAAAGGACCAAGAAAUUGGACAGGCGGAAUCC